GAGAGUGCGUCUUUGCCUGCUCCCCACGUGUCCUCUCUCUAACGGAAAAAUUUCUCUCAUUUCCCUCCCUCUUAAAACCGUAAAACGCAUCAUCUCCCAUUUUUUUGAUUUCUCUCUCUCUCCUCUCGUCAUUUUUUUGUUUUUGAGAUUUCUCUGAUUCAUGCUCCGCAAGAAAUUGUGUCUCCUCGUCUCUGCUUGAGGGAAGGGGAUCUAAGAACUCUGCGCAUCCAACGAGGAGAUGGCACAGAGCAGCACAUCUCAUGACUCUGGCCCUCAGGGGCUAAUGAGGCGGCCAUCACGUAGUGCCGCCACAACAGUAUCAAUUGAAGUUUUUGAUCACGAGGUGGUUCCAGCCUCCCUUGGCACCAUUGCCCCUAUUCUGCGUGUUGCUGCAGAAAUCGAACAUGAACGCCCUCGUGUUGCCUACCUCUGUCGAUUUUAUGCAUUCGAGAAAGCUCAUAGGUUGGAUCCAAGCUCUAGUGGCCGAGGUGUGAGGCAAUUCAAGACACUUCUUUUCCAAAGAUUAGAAAGGGACAAUGCUUCGAGUCUUGCUUCUAGGGUGAAGAAAACCGAUGGACGGGAAGUUGAGAGCUACUAUCAACAAUAUUAUGAGCACUAUGUCAGAGCACUUGACCAAGGGGAUCAAGCUGACAGAGCUCAGCUUGGGAAAGCAUACCAGACAGCCGGAGUGCUCUUUGAAGUGCUCAUGGCAGUUAACAAGAGCGAGAAAGUUGAAGCAGUAGCUCCUGAGAUUAUUGCAGCUGCUAGAGAUGUCCAAGAAAAGAACGAAAUUUAUGCACCCUACAACAUCCUUCCACUGGAUUCUGCUGGGGCCUCACAGUCUGCUAUGCAGCUUGAGGAGGUCAAAGCUUCUGUAGCUGCCUUGGGGAACACUCGUGGAUUGAACUGGCCAUCUGGAUUUGAGCAGCACAAAAAGAAAUCUGGAAAUCUGGAUCUUCUUGACUGGUUAAGAGCUAUGUUUGGAUUCCAGAAAGACAAUGUCAGGAACCAGAGGGAGCAUCUGGUUUGUUUACUUGCUGAUAAUCAUAUAAGGUUAACUCCCAAGCCAGAGCCUCUGAACAAGCUCGAUGACAGAGCAGUUGAUGCUGUGAUGACAAAACUCUUUAAGAACUACAAGAACUGGUGCAAAUUUUUAGGACGCAAACACAGCUUAAGGCUUCCUCAAGGUGCUCAAGAUAUACAACAGAGGAAGAUACUUUACAUGGGCUUGUAUCUUCUCAUCUGGGGUGAAGCUGCAAAUAUCCGCUUCAUGCCAGAAUGCUUAUGCUAUAUUUUCCACAAUAUGGCUUACGAGCUCCAUGGUCUCUUGGCUGGAAAUGUCAGCAUCGUUACUGGAGAAAACAUUAAGCCUUCUUACGGUGGAGAUGAUGAGGCAUUUCUAAGGAAGGUCAUUACACCAAUCUACCGUGUAGUUGAAAAGGAAGCAAAUAAGAAUGCGACUGGCAAGGCUGCUCACUCAGAUUGGUCCAACUAUGAUGAUCUAAACGAAUAUUUCUGGUCUCCGGAUUGCUUCUCUCUUGGCUGGCCAAUGCGUGAUGAUGGAGAUCUUUUUAAAUCAACACGUGAUACGGCACAGGGAAAAAAAGGAUCGUUACGAAAAGCGGGAAACACAGGCAAAUCAAAUUUCACAGAAACUCGAACAUUUUGGCACAUAUAUCACAGUUUUGACAGACUCUGGACAUUCUAUCUACUAGCACUCCAAGCAAUGAUCAUUCUUGCAUUUGAACGAGUAGAGCUGAAGGAAAUCUUACGCAAGGAUGUUUUAUAUUCUCUCUCCAGUAUCUUCAUCACAGCAGCUUUUCUGCGCUUCCUGCAGAGUGUCCUCGACGUCAUCUUAAACUUCCCAGGUUUCCACAGGUGGAAAUUUACUGAUAUAUUGAGAAAUAUUCUCAAGAUCAUCGUAAGUCUUGCUUGGUGUGUAGUAUUACCGCUUUGCUAUGCACAGUCCGUCUCUUUUGCUCCUGGGCAGCUGAAGCAAUGGCUAUCAUUCCUUCCACAAGUUAAAGGGGUUCCUCCGCUCUAUAUCAUGGCUGUCGCUCUUUACUUGCUCCCAAAUGUGCUGGCAGCCAUCAUGUUUAUUUUUCCAAUGCUUCGACGCUGGAUUGAGAAUUCAGACUGGCAUAUAUUUAGAUUGCUUUUGUGGUGGUCACAGCCAAGAAUUUAUGUUGGAAGGGGGAUGCAUGAAAGUCAAAUUGCACUCAUAAAGUAUACGCUUUUCUGGCUGUUGCUUUUCUGUUGCAAAUUUGCAUUUAGCUACUUUCUACAGGUGAAACUUUUGGUGAAGCCUACUAACGCAAUUAUGAGCAUUCGCCAUGUAAAGUAUAAAUGGCAUGAGUUUUUCCCCAAUGCUGAGCACAACUAUGGAGCAGUGGUGUCUCUGUGGUUACCAGUAAUUCUGGUUUAUUUCAUGGACACUCAAAUAUGGUAUGCUAUUUUCUCCACUAUAUGUGGUGGUGUCAUUGGGGCCUUUGAUCGAUUGGGAGAGAUACGAACGCUUGGAAUGCUAAGGUCUAGGUUCCAGUCACUACCUGGUGCCUUUAACACGUACCUGGUUCCUUCUGAUAAAACAAGAAGAAGAGGGUUUUCCUUGUCUAAAAGAUUUGCAGAGGUCACAGCAGCAAGAAGAACUGAAGCAGCAAAAUUUUCCCAACUCUGGAAUGAAAUAAUUUGCAGCUUCCGCGAGGAAGAUCUCAUCAGUGACAGGGAGAUGGAUCUGUUGCUUGUUCCCUAUAGUUCAGACCCUAGUUUGAAACUAAUUCAGUGGCCACCAUUUUUGCUUGCAAGCAAGAUACCAAUAGCAUUGGAUAUGGCAGCUCAAUUUCGAACAAGAGAUUCUGACCUCUGGAAGCGCAUAUGCGCAGACGAAUACAUGAAAUGCGCUGUCAUUGAAUGCUACGAAUCUUUCAAACAUGUCCUGCAUACCUUGGUAAUUGGGGAGAAUGAGAAAAGGAUUAUUGGUAUCAUCAUCAAAGAGGUGGAGAGCAACAUAUCAAAGAAUUCUUUCCUUUCAAAUUUCAGAAUGGCUCCUUUACCUGCUCUUUGCAGUAAAUUUGUUGAGCUUGUCGGAAUCUUGAAAGAUGCGGACCCAUCCAAAAGAGACACAGUGGUGCUGUUGUUGCAAGAUAUGUUGGAAGUAGUGACUCGAGAUAUGAUGCAAAAUGAAAACCGUGAGCUGGUAGAACUUGGGCAUACUAACAAGGAAUCGGGAAGGCAAAUCUUUGCUGGUACUGACGCAAAACCUGCUAUACUAUUUCCUCCACUGGCAACAGCUCAAUGGGAUGAACAGAUAAGACGCCUUUAUUUGCUCUUGACGGUAAAAGAAUCUGCAAUGGAUGUUCCCACAAACCUUGAAGCGCGAAGAAGGAUUGCCUUCUUCACAAAUUCAUUGUUUAUGGAUAUGCCGCGGGCUCCUCGUGUCAGAAAUAUGCUCUCCUUUAGUGUUCUAACUCCAUACUAUAGUGAGGAGACCGUCUACUCUAAGAACGACCUAGAAAUGGAGAAUGAAGAUGGUAUAUCAGUUGUAUAUUAUUUGCAAAAGAUCUUCCCAGAUGAGUGGACGAACUUCUUGGAGCGGCUUGGUUGUAAAGAUGAGACUGCAGUUUUGGAGAGUGAAGAAAAUAUAUUGCAGCUUCGCCAUUGGGUUUCUUUGAGGGGACAGACUUUGUUUAGAACAGUUCGAGGAAUGAUGUAUUACAGGCGGGCACUGAAGCUCCAGGCUUUUCUUGACAUGGCUACUGAAACAGAAAUAUUAGCAGGGUACAAAGCCAUUUCAGAGCCAACUGAGGAAGACAAAAAAAGUCAGAGAUCCUUGUACGCUCAGUUAGAGGCAGUAGCAGAUCUCAAAUUUACUUACGUUGCUACCUGUCAGAACUAUGGAAAUCAGAAGCGAAGUGGAGACAGGCGAGCUACUGACAUCCUGAACUUAAUGGUUAACAAUCCCUCUCUCCGUGUAGCAUACAUUGAUGAGGUUGAGGAACGAGAAGGCGGAAAAGUCCAAAAAGUGUUCUACUCGGUGCUUAUCAAGGCUGUUGAGAAUCUUGAUCAGGAAAUCUAUCGGAUAAAAUUGCCCGGUCCAGCAAAAAUAGGAGAAGGAAAGCCUGAAAAUCAGAAUCAUGCUCUCAUUUUUACAAGAGGAGAAGCUCUCCAGGCUAUUGAUAUGAAUCAGGACCAUUACUUGGAAGAAGCGCUGAAAAUGAGGAACCUGCUUGAAGAAUUCAAUGAAGACCAUGGAGUGCGUCCACCCACUAUUCUUGGUUUCAGAGAACAUAUUUUCACUGGCAGGGUCCGGUUUCAUUAUGGUCACCCUGAUGUCUUUGAUAGAAUUUUUCAUAUCACUCGAGGUGGCAUCAGCAAAGCAUCACGCGGCAUAAAUCUUAGCGAGGAUAUCUUUGCUGGUUUCAACUCAACUUUGAGACGUGGUAAUGUCACUCAUCAUGAGUACAUUCAAGUAGGAAAAGGAAGAGAUGUUGGUUUGAACCAGAUAUCCCUCUUUGAAGCCAAGGUUGCUUGUGGGAACGGGGAGCAAACGUUGAGUAGAGAUCUCUACAGACUUGGGCAUCGUUUCGAUUUCUUCCGCAUGAUGUCUUGUUACUUCACAACAAUAGGCUUCUACAUCAGCUCGAUGAUUGUUGUCCUAACAGUUUACGCAUUCUUGUAUGGAAGACUUUAUUUGUCAUUGAGUGGAGUGGAAGAGGCAAUAGUAAAGUACGCAGCGGCUAAAGGAGAUAGUUCGCUCAAGGCAGCAAUGGCGUCACAGUCGGUGGUGCAAUUGGGUCUGCUUAUGACACUUCCAAUGAUAAUGGAGAUUGGACUAGAGAGAGGAUUCAGAACUGCCUUGAGCGAUCUAAUCAUAAUGCAGCUUCAGUUAGCACCCGUCUUCUUCACCUUCUCGCUUGGUACAAAGGUUCAUUACUUUGGACGAACCAUACUACACGGAGGAGCUAAGUACAGAGCAACAGGCCGUGGGUUCGUGGUCAAGCACGAGAAGUUCGCAGAGAACUACAGAAUGUAUUCGAGAAGCCACUUUGUGAAAGGAAUGGAGCUGAUGGUACUCCUGAUAUGUUACAGGCUGUAUGGUAAAGCAACAGAGGACUCAGUGGCCUAUGCUCUCGUGAUGGGCUCAACCUGGUUCUUAGUUGGUUCCUGGUUAUUCUCACCGUUUCUUUUCAAUCCCUCAGGAUUCGAAUGGCAGAAGAUAGUUGAUGAUUGGGAUGAUUGGAACAAGUGGAUAAGCAGUAGAGGAGGCAUUGGAGUACCCGCAAACAAAAGCUGGGAAUCCUGGUGGGAAGAAGAACAAGAGCAUUUGCUUCACUCGGGGUUUUUCGGAAAGUUCUGGGAAAUCUUCCUCUCCCUCCGCUACUUCAUCUACCAAUACGGCAUUGUCUAUCACUUGAACUUAACAAAAGAGAGCAGAUUAGGAAAACAACAGAGCAUCAUAGUUUACGGACUCUCAUGGCUAGUGAUAGUCGCUGUAAUGAUCAUUUUAAAGAUAGUCUCAAUGGGGAGAAAGAAAUUCAGCGCGGAUUUUCAACUGAUGUUCAGAUUGCUGAAGCUCUUUCUUUUCAUCGGAACAGUGGUGAUAGUAGGAAUGCUGUUCCACUUCCUGAAACUUACAGUUGGAGAUAUAAUGCAGAGUCUUUUAGCGUUUCUACCAACGGGAUGGGCUCUGCUUCAGAUCUCACAAGUCGGGAGACAAUUAAUGAAGGCUGUAGGAAUGUGGGGUUCGGUUAAGGCUUUGGCUAGAGGAUAUGAGUACAUAAUGGGCGUUGUGAUAUUCAUGCCAGUCACGGUUCUCGCCUGGUUCCCUUUCGUCUCCGAGUUUCAGACUAGACUUCUCUUUAACCAAGCGUUUAGUCGUGGCCUUCAGAUUCAGCGUAUUCUUGCUGGUGGUAAGAAACAGAAGUGA